AUGAUUUCCUCGCGCCGGGCUGUGCCCCUGUUUGGCUUUGCCUUCAUCCUUUUCAUCCUCCUCGCCAUCCGAAGCCUCUCGUCACAAUGGGAACAAGCGACGCAGGUCGUCGGUUUGGGUGAACUGGCUACGACCCCCUCUCCAUCGCCGUCAAUACGCUUCAAUGUUACCAGGGUGCACGAAGAGCCAGCGAUUCGGACGCCGUAUGCACCCAAGCCACACUUCGUCCCUGGCCUCCCCAAGCCCUCUGGGACAACGUACACGAAGACGCUCGUGGUGCCCAAGACUUCCGAUGAAGAUACCAGUUGGAUGGAGGUUGAGCUUCCUGAGUGGCAAACAGCAAUUUAUGCCGUCGAUGACCCGUCAGCACCUCUGCAUCCUCCGAAGAAUAAGGGUCAUGAAGUGAUGGUCUACCUGAGCUACAUCAUCGAACAUUAUAACAUGCUUCCUGAUGUGGUCGCUUUCAUGCAUUCGCAUCAGUUCGCUUGGCACAAUGAUGACCUCUUUGCCGGAGAUUCAGCUGAUCUCCUGCGCCGUUUGAACCCCGCCUGGGUGGUCCGCCAGGGCUACGUAAAUCUGCGAUGCACGUGGAGUCCCGGUUGUCCUGCUUGGUUGCAUCCGGGAACCUUGGUGGAGGACCAAACAAAGCAAGAGGAGGUUAUGCUGGCCAGAGCCUGGGGUGAGAUCUUCCCCGACGAUCCGAUCCCGGAAGUUCUGGCCCAACCCUGCUGCGCUCAGUUCGCCGUAUCGCGCGACCGUAUUCAUGCCAUUCCGAGAGCUCGCUUCGUAUAUUUCCGCGACUGGAUGCUCCGGACAGAGCUCAGCGACUACAUCUCCGGUCGAAUUUGGGAAUACUUAUGGCAUGUCGUUUUCACCGGAGAGAACGUUUACUGCAUCAAGGAGCACAUUUGUUUCUGCGACGGAUUCGGCAUCUGCUUUGGCGGCGAGGAGGAGUACGAUGCAUUCCGAGGCCACCAUGCGAAGAAGUCUGAGCUCGAGGAGCAAUUCAAAGGAUGGAACGUUCGGGCCGACAUGAUCGAGCUGACCCGCAUGAGCGGGAAGCUGGGCGAGGAAAGCCACCUGAGUUUCCCGCAGCCAGGCGAGGACCUGACGCUCGCAGAUCUGAUCGACAUGGAGGAGCUGCUCAUCAAUGAACUGGUGGUAAAUGCUACGGAACGUGGCAAGGACCCCGAAGCACGCGCCCGCGAAGUUCUCGGAUAUGCGCCCAGUGAGAAUCAACUAGCUGGAUUGGUGGAGGCCGCCACUGCUGCUGCCGGUCAGGAGGUCUCCGACUGGGCUGCUGCCGCCGCUGUCGCUGCUGCGGCGGGGGCUGCGGGACUCCAGCAUCACCUCGAAUAUGGUCCGGAUACCCACAUCGAUGAGGAUAGCUUUGCAGAUGCAAGUUUUGGUGCUGGAAUGGGACCGCAGCGGCACAUGCGCGGACCGGGGUCUGCCUCUAUGAGUGAACAUGGCCAGCCUUCCGGUGGACUGACCAGGGUGCCAACGAAGAAACGGAAGAGAAAUGAGGAUGCGCUGGAUCCGGCGUUGACUGCGGGAGCUGCUGUCGGCCUUGCAGGCACUCACCACCCUCACCAGCAACAGCAGCAGCAGCAGCAGCAUCACCAGCAUGCGCAUCACUAUGGCGGGGAGGGUCUGGGUGUCGCGCCGUCGCAGUCACUCUCCGAAGCUCGCGCUGUGGGUUUGCAUUCCGCCGCUGCCUUGUUCCGCCAACCGUCGAGUAACAAGAAGUACACCCGUCCGCCGAUGUCGAAGUUGUUUGCGUCGCUGGAGCUCUCGCCGGAGAACUUUUUGCAUCUGCAGGCGGCGGCUAAGGCAUAUAUGCUGGAUGUUCGCCACCCGGAGCGGCGCGACUGUGUUGGUCAGCGUGGAAAGGGAGACACGGAGAUGGUUAAAUUGCGGUUGUGGAACUGCGUGCGCCAGUUUCUUGAGGUCGAAGGCCAUGGUGAGCGCUUCUUCGGCGAGAAUGUUGUCAACGAGGGCAUGGGACCCAGGACAUACAUCUGGCCCCGAGACCAGCAGAAGAUCAUCUCCUUGGUUAUUCCUUUGCUGCGCCGAAUGGUCACCAACGAGCGCCAGCGGCAGUAUGCAGUGGAGACUAGAAAAGGGGGCGGCACCGAAGAGCGACGGAGACGCAAGACAGAGGACAGUCUGCAGAAUCUGAACGCGACCACACCGACAGAUGAUCAACUCCACAUGCAUUCACACCACCAUAUUCCGGACGACUAUACUUCUGCACAGACCGGGUUGUCGGCACCACAACCGCAGCUCGGGACCGGGUCUCAGGUGGAUCUGGGUCUCACGGAUCUCUUGCUGGAUGGGUACUCGACUGACUGGGAUUCGUUCUCAAAGUCAUAUGACAUGUACAAUCAUAAUUAUGAGCUUGACAACCUGUGGUACAUCUCGGGUCUCCAGCAACCGGAUUGGCGUGGACUGGUCGCUGCCAUUGAUAGCCACUUUCAGGUCAUUCACAACGGCGGUUAUGACUGUCCGUCGCCAUGUGAGGAUGAGAACCUCCAUCGCAUCCUGAAUGCAGAUGUCACCUCGGACCUGCGUUGGCGUGUUGGCGGGAACUCAGACCGGCCUGCCCGAAAUGAAUUUGCUAGUAGCAUCACCCGUGAUAUCUCGCGGAUCAUCCGAGACAGCCUGGCGACCCAGCACAAUGUCCAUCAAUCACCCCACAGCCAGGCACCCGUGCCCCAGCCGCAGCCAUUCCCUCCUCCUAAUUUCCCACCUCUUCCCAGCGCCGUCUCUGGAAAUGUCGGCUCUUCUCCGUCUCCUCCAACCAACGUCUCACUCCGAAUUAACAUUCUCCAAGACGGAAAACGCGCGCAUCCCCGCUUCGACAUCCCGGGAAGCCAGUGCACCGAUCUUGAAACCCUCAAGCAGCUCAUCUCCCGCAAAUUCGCCGGCCAACUGCCAGGCCUCUCUUCCGAGACUAACAUGGACUGGGUCUCUCAACUUAACUGGAAAUUCAAGGUCUGGCUCCCAGAUGGACUGGCCCCGGUGCAAAACGACAACGAGUGGGCAAUGGCCCUCGUGUCAGCCAGCAAUGUGGACUGGAUGGAUGGCGACCUACGAGUUCUGGUUGAAUUAGACGGGACUGCGUCGGCAUCUUGA